AUAUGAGGACGAGAUCAACAAAAGGAACAACCUGGAGAACGACUUUGUGAUCCUGAAGAAGGACGUGGACUCAGCCUAUCUGGUGAAGGCCGACCUGGAGGACAAAGUUGGAGCUCUGACCGACGAAAUCAACUUCCUGCGUAACGUCUACGAGGAGGAGCUGCGUGAGCUGCACGCCGGCAUCAAGGACACGUCGGUCGUGGUGCAGAUGGAUAACAGCCGCAGCCUCAACAUGGAGAGCAUCGUGGCCGAGGUCAAGGCGCAGUACGAGGAGGUCGCGGCCCGCAGCCGGGAGGAGGCCGAGGCCUGGUACAAGAGCAGGUUCGACCAGAUGUCGGUGCAGGCGAGUCAGUACGGAGACGAGCUCCGUGUGGUGAAGGCCGAGGUCGCGGAGGUCAACCGGCUGAUCGGACGCCUGCAAAGCGAGAUAGAGGCGGUCAAAGCUCAGCGUGGCGGUCUGGAGAACCAGCUAACUGAGGCCGAGGAACGAGGAGAGCUGGCUGUGAAAGAAGCCAAAGCUCGGACCAGAGACCUGGAGGAAGCUCUGCAGAGAGCCAAGCAGGACAUGGCCCGACAGCUCCGAGAGUACCAGGAGGGUAGUGGAGGUGAGACACAUAAAACACCAUCACCAUGUCUCCGUCUCUUCUUCUCCUUCAGACUUGGACAUCAGUCCAUCCUGAACAUCCAGAGUGUCUCCAGCUACAGUACUAAAAGCACCAACGGUAACCACGGCAACGGUGGCUCCCCCGUCCCGAAGCUGCUGAUAAAGACGACGGAGACCAGAGACAGCUCCAGAUACAGCUCUCACUGAGACCAGGACCCGGGCCGCUGUGGCGUCCUUCACGUAGAACCUCGUCAUACUUUACAGUAAAUGUCAGAUACAUUUAUGCUAAAUUUAGAUUCAUCUGACAAAUCGUAUGACAAUACAGGAGAAACGAUCAAUUACUCUGAUUAACCAGCAGUUAUUGUGUGUAAUCUCUAUCUAUCAGUAACAUUUAUGUAUUAAUCUUUAGCCAAUGUUUGUUUUUACAGACCAAACAACAGUUGAUUUAUUAGUUAAAGUAAAAACCCUCUUCAGCAUUAACGCCAGAGGAAUACUAAUCCACUGACAGAUGAUAGAAAGUUAAACUGUCAGUUUAAAUAUACUGAAAUACUUCUGAAGUAACA